CCUCCACCUAAUAACAUUAAUUAUUCCAUUUUUUUACUCUCUCUCACCCUUUUUUCAAAUCAUCACACAAACAAACUUUCUUCAGAGGCAUUUCAUCGAACACAUGGGAGACAGGCACCACCAAGACUUAAACGGCGCCUACUACGGCCCAUCGAUUCCACCUCCACGAAAAGUCUCUCACAGCCACGGCAGAGGCGGCGGCGGCUGCUGCGGCUGCAUAGGCGACUGCCUCGGCUGCUGCGGAUGCUGCAUCUUGAGCGUCAUCUUCAACAUCCUCAUAACCAUAGCCAUCCUCUUAGCCAUAGCCGCUCUGAUCAUCUGGCUAAUCUUCCGACCAAACGCAAUCAAGUUCCACGUCACCGACGCCAAGCUCACGCAGUUCACUCUCGGCGCGGACAACAACCUCCGCUACAACCUCGACCUCAACUUCACGAUCCGGAACCCUAACCGCCGCAUCGGCGUCUACUACGACCAGAUCGAGGUCAGAGGAUACUACGGAGAUGAAAGAUUCGGUAGCAGCAACGUGGCGCCGUUUUACCAGGGGCACAAGAACACGACCGAGGUGGGGAGUAAGCUCGAGGGACAGGGCUUGGUGGUGCUUAACGGCGGAGAUCGGAAGGAUCUGGACGAGGAUUUGAAGUCGGGGAUAUACAGGAUCGACGCGAAGCUGAGGCUUAGGGUGAGGUUUAAGUUUGGGUUGAUCAAGUCGUGGAGGUUUAGGCCCAAGGUUAGGUGUGAUCUCAAGGUUCCUCUCGGUUCCUCUAAUGUAACCAGCGGGUUUCAGUUUCAGCGGACCAAGUGUGACAUUGACUUUUGAUGCUAGUCAAAGUCAAAUGCUAUUGUGUUCGGAUUCUAUUUUUCACUUAUAUAUGCACUUGUUUAUCUUAUCUUUAGAUUGUUUUUCGUACAUGGACUUUAUGUGAUAUUGUCGGAGAGGUAUGUGUUUUGUGUAAUAAUCUUUUAGCGUAUGGUUCCAUGUAAAUAAAAUAGUUUUUCUUGCAUAA